GAGGCAGCGAGCGAGAGAGACAGAGACAGAGAGAGAGAAAGAGGGGCUGGACCAGUCCUCGGCAGCUGUUUAUUUCAAGGCAUCUCUCGCUCCCUCUCCCUCAGCCAAGGCUCAGCCUCAGCAAACCUUCCUCCUCCUCCUCCUCCUCCUCCUCCUCCUCCUGUUCUCCUUCCUUCGUCCUGGCCAUGAGAGGCACGGGCAGCAGCAGCUGUGCUCCCCCAGCCCCCUGCUCCGCCGCCCCGGCUGCGCCCCACUCGUCUCCUCGCAAGUGAAGAAGAUGAGACAAGAUCCUCACUGAGCAAAGACGCUGUUGCAUCUAAGAUGGAGCCCAGUGCUUGGUAGGUUCACAGCUUCCCACAUUGGCAGCAGGAUGCCUCCACUCCUCUCCUGCAUCCACUCCCUGCAGCUGUGGCAUCUCCUCCUCGUCAUCUCGGCCAUCCCUCCUCCUGGCAUCUGGUCUCUUCGCUCUCGUGUCCCAAUGGCCUCUCGGCCUCUUUGCACCCGUCGGAGCCCCUCAGCCCCACGGCCCAUUUGCAUCUGGGAAAGGACCUCGCUGCCGGAGCGGGAUUCUCGCUCGGCCCAGCUGCGCCAGCGUGCCCUGCCUGCCCGGGGAGCAGAGCUGCGGCACGUCGUGCGGCUGAGGCGUCAGGCGGCGGGGGCCCGUCCUGCCACCCCCUCUGGAUUUGAGGACGGCAUGCCCUCUUCCCAGUACCCCUGGGCCAUCGUGUGGGGUCCCACGGUGUCAGAUGAGGAUGGAGGGGACACAAACUCAGCCAACCCAGGCUUCCCACCGCUGGGAUACACCUUUGUCUCGCCGCACGGGAUGGCAACGGCACAGCCCAACUCCCACUCACUCCUGCAUAACGCGGGGCUCAACCUGCGGGAGACCCCGGCCACCCUGCGGCCCUUCCUGUUUGGGCCCCGGGGGGAAGGUGUGGACCCCCAGCUGUACGUCACCAUCACCAUCUCCAUCAUCAUUGUCCUGGUUGCCACCGGGAUCAUAUUCAAGUUCUGCUGGGACCGUAAUCAGAAACGCCGGCGUCACUCGGGGCAGCAAAGCAGUGGGAGGCAGCAGGAGAGCCAGCAGCCUCUCACGGACCUCUCCCCCACCACCGUCAGCAUCCUGGGGCCCUACGGUGACUCCCUGGCCCCCACGCCUGAGGCAGAGGAGUCCAGGCAGGGCCAGGAGAAACUGGGUGGCCAUGGGAAGAACGCAGCCUUCCAGCUCAACCGAAUCCCAUUGGUGAACCUGUGAUGCUCCUGGGAGAGGCUGAGCUCGCUCCCCCCACCCUCCUGUCACAGCCGGCGAGUGCAGAUUCCUGCUGCCUCUGCUACCCCAGGAAACAACAAUCUCCUUGUGCCACGGCCCACCACCACCAUUAUUAACUAACCCCACUGGGAUGUGCCUGGGCAAAUGGACGAGCUGGGCCUCCUUAGCCUCCUGUUGGGGGAAGGUUGGGGACCCCCCCACCCACGCAGGACAGGGGGAUGGGAGAGCAGGAUGCUGGGAGGGAAGACAGCUGGUGGUGGUGUGAAAUCUUGACCUCCCCAGCCCCUCUCCUCGCAUAUGUGCGCAGACACACUUGGAUCUCCAUGACUCUCUCACCAGUGCAUGCCUGACAUUGGGUGUAGGCAAGGUGGAAAGGCAUACCCCUGUCCCCGUGGGCCCUAACCCCUCCGUGUGUCUCCUCCCAUGUCGUGUGCUUUGCAGUGAAUGUCUGGAGUUCAGUGGCUGCAGGAUUGCCCGCUGGGGCUUGGUCUCCCCUGAGCCAAGGUGACUCAGGUGGCAGCAGGUUCUUCUGUUCCUAAGGCCUUGGCCUUCCUGAGAUCCCAGUGGUGGGUGAAGCUUGGGCAGAAGAGGUUCACACAACACCUGGGCCCCCUCAACAAUCCAUUUUCUUGAAGGAAACGUUGCCUUCCCCUUAGAUGGAAAAUAUUCACAUCUUUCCAGUUUCUUUCUGCCUAAUGCUCCUCUGUUUUUUUUCUCUUCAGCUUUUAUCUUUCUUCAUCUCUCCGUUCACAGUUUUCUUUCCCUCAGUUCCCACCACCCUGCCACUUCUCUUGCCAGUUAAAGCUGGAAAAGAUUCCUUUAGCUUUCCAAAUAUUUUGAUCUGUUGAAAGCCUCCUUGCUGUCCCCCUCCACCCCCUUAGUCUCCUUCAACAAGAUUUUUCUGAAGAACACCGGUCUAUGGUGAUGUCCUUCAGAAAAUCCAAGGCAAAGCCCUCUGCCCACAAUGUUAUUUAGCAAGCAUCCUGGACACGGCAGCCAAAGCAUGGCAUGCAGACAAAGCUGGGAAUGAGGAACUUGAGUUUUGCGGGGCUGAGGUAGGGAGCUGCUUUCAGACCCUCAUGGCACAGGCAACAAGCAGCAGACACUCUCUGUGCCUGGUAUGACAAAGAGCAAUUUCGAGUUGACUUUGGGAACACUGGAAGGGUUGCCAUGUACUGCUGGUAGAUCUCUCCUGGAGUGACUGGAAACCCAUGAGGCAAUAUUCACCAAAGGCAUGAAAGAGGGGAUAUCUGGGGUCCUAAGCUUCCUCAGUGUGUUGCCCCAGCUAGUUGGCAACUGAAAGCAAUGGCACAGGUGUCUGUCCAAACUGGUUGCCUGUGCAUGUCCUUCAGGGCUGUGGUGGUCUGUGGGACAGGCAGCCACACUGUCACUGUGAGCAAGAUCCGUGCAUCUCCACCUCUUUCUAUGUGUGGACCCAGGGUGUCACUUUGAGGAAGAGUGAGAUGGCAAAUUUCAGCUUAAUGACAAUAGUUGCUCUCCCUUGGCUUUUGUGGACACCUUCAAAUUAAUUAAAACACCACACUGAUAGCCACUGAGCUGAAAUGAUGUUAAGGUUUGCCCCUAUAGUGUUCAAACACCUUCAGCUGUGGGACUGAUGUGUCCAGAGACAGGAAACACACACAAUUUGAAGACCCUAUUGCACCAUACAAAAUUUCUGACAAAAGUCAUGUUGGAGAGAAGGAAAUGGCCCUUUCAAACUUUAUCUCUGUAGUAAAAGCAUAUCCUUUGUAAGAAAAAGCACAGGGAAUUUCAUAAGAGGCCUGGUUCUGCCCAUUUACCCAGAUGAACUAUUAGGUGAUCUUGAGUCCCAUCUGACUCACUGUGAAGGACAUUUAAAUAAGAGUGUAAAUUACAAUAAGCUUUGCAAAAAACAGUAGCGAAUUGGAGAAAAUGACAGAUCAAAUAAAAUUACUGGCUUAUUAAAAGCACUGAAUGGCUGAAAGGUGUAGGUGGAAAAGGACUCUGGAGAUCUCUAGUCUAAGCACAGGUUGAGUCUGUGCUUAUAGCAGGGGAUAUUAGUGCUUUACCAUAGAUCGAUCUGUUACUGAGCCUGUUCUUAUUCAGGCUCCAUUCAAGGCUUUGGUGGGCAUUCAAGCUGCAGAUGGACAGAGAAGAGCCAGGUGGCUGUUCCUGCUCACUGCCCCAUUUGCUGCUGCCCCUGCAAGCUGAGGGCAGCUCGGGGCUGUUCCCCCUCUCACUGGCACAUCCAUGCUAGAAGGGGAAGGACAUCUGCACACAGUCUGCAGGAGGCCACACUCCUGAUUGCUGGCAGUUUACAAUAUAAUGCUUUGAACUGGUUUAAGUAAUCUUCCAGACCAGAUUAAUUAGAUUGAUCUUUGAUCAACAGUGUUUGUUGAAACAAGGCCAGAGUUUAGACUCUUCACUUCAAGGGCUGUCCUUGGACUUUGUUUUUCCACAUGCUGCAUGGAGAAAAGGUUUGUAAGAAAGUGGGAGGGGACCACAAGAGGCAUAGUGAAAACAUUUUCCAACGCUUGAUGCAUGGAAGCCCUGCACUCUCCUGGCCAGGCUUUUGUAAAUUCUGCAAACAAAUCAGAUUUCAGUGGUUUGGGGUUUUUUCCUCCCCCUUUUACAUGUCUCUGGUUUUGGUAAAAGUAUUUCCAGGGAGUGAAACCUUUCAUGGAUACUGUGGUAAGGGGGAAGCUGGUGAAUGCAGUAGAGAAAACUCUUACAACAACAGAAGCUUGGAUAUGUCAAACAUCUUUUCUAAGACCAAUUUUCCUAGCCAAAUAUCUUUUUAUGACAGUCAUUCACUCUCUCACACAAAACAGGUUAGGUAUGGGGAAACAACUUCACGGUUCUGCCCAAACAUUCAUUGCUGUUUUGUCCCUGGAACAAAACAUUCAAAACACAUGUAAACACACAAGCUUCUUCCAGUCAAUAAAUAGUCUCACUGAAUCUGUUUUCUCCAUGACUGGAGCCUUAUAAACCCUCUUCCCCUACAGAGACUGGAGCCGGAGCAUGCCUGUAGUCUCUUCCCUGCCCCAGGCUAGUAUUUUGUAAGAUGUGCACAUGGAUGUGUUGACAGCACUGAAUGCCAAGCCAGGGCAAAGGGCAGUACCUUCUGAGGCACAGCCUAUCAGUUUUCCCUGGCUUCCAGGUGAACAGAGGAGAAAGGUCUGGAUUAUUGUUUUUUUCCAGUGAAAACUUCACAGAGAGAAAAGCAUGUGGGGAAAACAGCUGAAAAUGCUCACAGCUUUUGGCUGAUCCUGCCCAACAUUUCUCUGCCGUUAAAAGGCAACAUCCAGGUGGGCUGAGUGAGUUGAAGGAACUAUGUCUCUGCUGAGCUCCUGGAGAGCCCUGGCUUUGUUAACGCAAGGGUGGUCUCUCUGUGAGUGCAAUGGGAGGGAGGAAAGGUCUGAGGGAGAAUCUCUCCCCUCUGCCCUAUACUGUUUUGGAGCAGGAACUGAAGUCUCCUUCUCUGUACCCAAGAGAGUGGUAUGACCACAAGGCCAAAUCCUGCUUGGGCUUCCCCAUCUGGUUGGUUGUGACUGGUAGGCAGGGAACAGACCACUGGUGUGUGCUUCCACACCUCUCCUCCAGUCCAGUUUCCAGGGACUCACAUCCAGCCAAGCAUCCCAAAACUUCAGAGAGGGCUAUCUACCUCUUCCUCAAUGGCACCCAAGUGCCCUUGCAAAUCUGGUCCCUUCAUUUCCCACUCCACUUCCCAAUAAAGAAAAAUGCUUGGAAAGGAGUGGUUUGUUCAUUCCCCGCAAGUUCUCAAACACGACUAUCUUGAGACUGUUCUGAAUUAAACUGGGGUUUUGUUUUUUCACUCUGACAAACCACAUCUGUGGCACAGCCUUAGAGCUGAGACCUGCAGCACAACAGCCCUGGGUCAAACUCCAGCUGCCCAUCUGCACUCCUGCUAAUGUCCCACUGUAGUGCUGGCCCUACUUUGGCAAGAUCAUAGAGAGGCAUCGCCUUCCUUCUCCAACUGUUGGCUCUCUACUCCUCUUCCCCCGUUGUUUUCCCUCUCCCACUGUUUUCCCUCUUCCCACUCCUGUCCUGUACCAUGGUCUCCCUCCGGGGUAUCUCUCCCCUCCUACUGUUUCACUCUCCCCACUCCUCUCUUGUUUUCCCUUUGCCACUUGGUCUCGUUCUGCUGCGGCUUCCAUCCUCUCCUCUGGCCUCCCUCAUGCUUCCCUGCUCAGUCUCGCUCUUCCCCCUCCCCUGCCCUUGUGCGCUGUGAUAUAUAUUUUUGUAGGAUUUCUCUUCUCCCUGUGGUGAAAUAUUCAAUUCUUGUGGGAUGUUAGUUUCAACAUUUUUAAAUAAAACUUUGCAAAUUAUUGAAA